GCUCUCCUUUACGUCAUCACCGCGCGCGGUCUUCUUACGUAACCACGUGCACUGUGUUGACUGUCAAAGUCUGAGGGAACUUCCGGAAGUCGUGAGUUCAAAUAGAAGUUCCUGUACCCGAGUUCCCGGUGUGUGCGAAUCCCGAGCCAUGAGCACCCCGGGCGUUCUGUCCUUUACGCUGCAAGGCUGGGAGCAGGUGCUGGCCAAAGUGAAACGGGCCUUGGUCUACCUAGAUGCUGCCUGCGCGGAGAGCCUGCACUGGAGCUGCGGGUCCACACGUCUCAUGGAGGCUGUGGGGGGUCCUGAGUGCCACCUACGGGAGUUCGAGCCCAAUGCAGUUGUUGGCAAUGUCGCACAGCCCAAGGCGGUGUUUGUAUUGAGCUGCCUGCUGAAAGGCCGAACUGUGGAGACACUGCGAGACAUCAUCUGCCGCAGUCACUUCCAAUAUUGUGUAGUGGUCACUGCCUUGAGCCACGCUGUUCAUCUAACGGCUAACCACGUGCCAGCGGCUGCAGCGGCUGAGCUGGAUGGACAACAACCGGUGUUCGAGCAGCUGGAGGAGAAGCUGUGUGAGUGGAUGGGCAACAUGAACUACACGGCAGAGGUGCUGCAUGUGCCACUGUUGCUCUCUCCUGUGGCUCCCUACCUUGCCUUGACUCCAGCCUUUGCUUCUCUUUUUCCACUGCUACCCCAGGAUAUACAUCUUCUUAAUAGUGCCCGACCAGACAAGAGAAGGCUGGGAAGCUUGGGUGAGGUGGAUUCCACUGCGCUGACCCCAGAGCUGAUGCUGCAGAUAAGGUGCCUGGUGUCAGGCCUCAGUUCUUUGUGUGAGCAUCUGGGGGUUCGGGAGGAAUGUUUUGCUGUGGGUGCACUCAGUCGGGUCAUCGCUGCAGAUCUGGCCAAUUAUGCCCCUGCCAAGAACAGGAGGAAGACUGCUAUGGGCAGGGCAUCUAUUGUCUUUGUGGAUAGAACUCUGGAUCUCACAGGCUGUGAAAUCAAUUACAAACUCUUUGGCAUUCUGUCACUUUCAAAUGACUUGGCAGCCAAAGCCCUGUGGGAAGCCUUACUGAAUAUCAAGCACAAAGAAGCAGUCAUGGAGGUUCGGAGACAUCUAGUGGACGCAGCAAGCAGAGAAAACCUGCCAAUCAAAAUGAGUAUGGGGAGAGUUACUCCAGGGCAGCUCACAUCUUAUAUUCAGCUCUUCAAGAACAACCUCAAAGCUCUAAGGAAUCAUUGUGGGAUCCUCCAGCUUGGGCUGGCUACAGUUCAAACUUUGAAACACCCACAGACUGCCAAGUGGGACAACUUUCUGGCACUUGAAAGGCUUCUUCUUCAGAGCAUUGGGGAGUCAGGGAUGUCUGCUGUGUUAAAUCAGCUGCUGCCCAUGUUUAAGCCGUCCACUCAGAGGACCGAUGAUGACUAUGGUCCUGAGGAGCUGCUGGUCCUCCUCAUAUACAUUUAUUCUGUCAUUGGAGAGUUCACAGUGGACAAAGACCUGGGAGAGGCUGAAGAAAAAGUGAAGAAAGCAUUGGUUCAGGCCUUCUGUGAGGAGUCUGAAUUGUCACCUUUGCUGCAAAAAAUAACAGGCUGUGACUCUGCAACUAAACUGACAUUUCACAAAUCCAAAAUCGCUGUGGAUGAACUCUUUUCUUCUCUUUGGGAUAUUGCUGGAGCUCGGAGUCUCAUGAAAGAGUUUAAGUCUGUGUAUGUUCCUGGAAAUCAUACCCACCAGGCAUCCUAUAAGCCAUUGUUGAAGCAGAUUGUGGAGGAUAUAUUUAAUCUGGAGAAGCCAGAUCCUGUUGAUAUUGAACACAUGUCUUCAGGCCUCACUGAUCUCCUUAAAACUGGAUUUAGCAGGUUUAUGAAGGUGAGCCGGCCUCAUCCUGGUGACCACCCCCUCCUGAUGCUCUUUGUGAUGGGUGGCAUCACAGUCUCCGAAGCCAAACUGGUCAAAGACCUUGCGGCAUCCCUGAAACCAGGAACCCAGGUGAUUGUGCUGUCCACAAGACUCCUGAAGCCACUUAACAUUCCUGAGCUGCUAUUUGCAACAAACCGCCUACAUCCAGACCUUGGCUUCUGACAUCUGCUAAGAUGAUAAGAGCUGCCCACGCUGGAAAUACCAAUACCAUUGUUUUUCUCCAUUCCAGAUAUGCCUCCACAACCAGCAUCUUUAUAGCUCAUUGUGGGUAUGACUGCAUCCUGAAGAAAGGGUCUUGAUGACUGUGUGAUGAAGUACUUUACUUAGAUUGCUCUUUAAAAAAUAAAAAAUAAAAAAUAGUGCAUGCCUAUAAUCCUAGCCACUUGGGAGGCUG